AUGGCUUUAUCAAACACCGCCAUUUUAGUGAUUAUCUGCCUCACGUUUGCUCUGAUUUUAUUCAUCAUCUUUACAGCAGGUGUCUUUAUCAUUCCUUGUGUUUUUGAGGGCCCCUUGCUUUUCAAGUUAAGAUCUGGUUUAAUCAAUUUGCUACAAGGGGACCAUACCAAGGAUACUAAUAUUGAUUUAGAAAACCAACUGAGCAAAAGACCACUUCAUUCUGAUGAUGUAUCCAACAUUGCUUUGAAAAGCUUCCCGAUGGAAUCUGAUGGUGCUACAGAAACCACCCCUAAAGAAAGGACUACUCUGGACAAUCUACAAGGCGAAGCUCCAAGUGAUGGCUCAAGCAAUCUUCAACAAUGUGAAGUUUCAGGCGAAUCACUGGAUUUCAAAAGUAUCCUUGAUGAUUUUGAUAGAAUCGCUGCAACCAAAAUUACUGAACAACGCUUACGUCGUAUGUCCACCCUUUUAAUUAAAAGAGAAGGUGACGUUGUGGAAACAGUAAUUGCUAGACCAAGUGAAAGUCAACAAUCUCAAAUUAGUGAGCAGUAUGAUUCAUUAUCGAGAACUUUACAGUUACAAAAGGAGAUUCAAACCAGGAUGAAUGAAAAUGAACUUUCAAUUAGACAAGUUAGAGAUCCAUUCCUGGACAGUUUCAUCUCUGUGGGCGGAAUUGUGGUGGUUGUUAAGCCAUUCCACGGCUCAAAUGAUUAUGAAUUUGCUUCAUUACACACUGGUGAUUUGCUCCGGAUUAUUAAAUUUUACGUUCGAGAAAAUAAAGAUGAUGGUUCAAUUAAAUCUAUUCAAAUUGCUAACAAGACUAAAAGUGCAGUUGACUUACUACCAACUACCAGUUCUACUUAUGGUGAAAUUGCUAAAGUUUCAGAAGUUGCUAAACCUGCUGAAGUUACUGACGAUGGCACCAUUGACGGAUUCAAACAAGAUAUUUGUAUUGAUAAUACCGAUUCUAACCACGCAAGCAUCUAUUGUACUGGUGUUUUACUUAAUACUUAUUUGGAUUACAAUAUUCACACCAAUGAUUUAAGUUUGUGUGUCAAGAAAGACACUGAACUUGCUGAAACUGAAUUACUUAAAGAUUUCCCUUUGAACAUAGUAUCAUUAGAAACCACGGUAUUAAAAAACAUGCUUGAAGAAGAUGAAGAUAAUUAA